CCUCACCGUUGCGAACCCCAUCCAUCUCUUCGCUCGCCAUUGAAGAAGAAUCCCCCCCCCUCUCUCUCUAUCUCUCUCUCUUUCUCUAUCUCUCUCUCCCACAUUCUUCAAUCUCUCCGGCUGCAAACCCUAGCUCAUCACCGGAGUUCCGGCGUCGUCGUCUCUGCGGAACAGAAGGGAAUUUUUUAUGGCGGACACAGAAAUGCAAGAGCAAGAUGUUGCUUCAGGUGUGGAUGCUGGUCCUAUUGAGACAAAAGAUCCAAAACAGGAACCUGCGGGACCAGAAAAAGAUCAAAACCCUAGUGAAAACCCUCACUCCCCUGUUCCCGAAGACAAUACUCUUACUUUGGGGAGUGAUGUUCAUUUUGCUGACGCCAUAGUUGAUAAUGAAACUGGUGCCGAUGAAAAGGUUGGUGGUCAAGCCAGUGUUGAUGGUAAGAAUGCUGAUCUAUCAGAAAAGAAAAGUAUUGGUGAUGAUCAUGAGCCUGAGGAGGCAAAGCCUGAGGAACUAACGCCUCCUGAGGUAGAACAUUCGACCCCUGAUGCUGGUGGUGAAAGUACGAAGAAAUGGAAGACUUGGUUGUUGACCGGAUCUGAGGUCAGGGAGGCCGAUGAAGCAGGGACACCAGAGGAACAAGAGGCAUUUAUAAAGGACGUGGAGAGCUUCCACAGGGAGCAUUUCCUAGAAUUUAAAGCCCCUAAAUUUUAUGGACAGCCCUUAAAUUGUCUCAAGUUAUGGCGAGCAGUCAUCAAAUUAGGUGGCUAUGACGUGGUCACCUCGUCUAAGCUAUGGCGGCAAGUUGGAGAAUCCUUCCAUCCUCCGAAGACAUGCACGACAGUUUCUUGGACUUUCCGCAUUUUCUAUGAGAAGGCACUCUUGGAGUAUGAAAAGUUUUUAAGGCAACAUGGUCAACUUAACCUUCCUGGUUCAGUUUUCGGUCCAUCUUCUGGUGUUGAAAAGGAGGUGAUCAGCCAUCAAGGUUCAGGAUCAGGCAGGGCCCGAAGAGAUUCUGCAACUCGUGCUAUGCAGGGUUGGCAUGCUCAACGCCUUCUCGGAUCCGGGGAGGACAAGGGCUUAAACUCAACCCCGAAGCAGAAGAAUCUCAAAAGUAUUGGUGUGCAGAAACACAAAACACCAACUAGCAUGGACCUUGUUGUCUCACAUGAAGGAGACAAACAAUUAGUAGCUGAAGUUAUUGAUGUCGGACCGCCUGCUGACUGGGUGAAGAUAAAUGUCAGAGAAACCAAAGAUUGCUUUGAGAUAUAUGCCCUGGUUCCUGGUCUUCUUCGGGAGGAGGUCCGCGUUCAAUCAGAUCCUGCAGGACGGCUAGUUAUAACGGGUCAACCGGAGCAGCUCGAGAAUCCAUGGGGCAUCACACCAUUCAAAAAGAUUGUGAACUUACCGGCGAGAAUCGACCCGCUUCACACAUCUGCGGUGGUGAGCCUUCACGGGAGGCUGUUCAUACGAGUCCCGUUCGAGCAGUGACCGUUCACUGACCUGUUGAGCCUUGUUCCUUGUGUCCUCAGGUGAAGCUUGAUCUUCUGAUCCUGUUCUGUCCUACUAGGAAUUAGUUUGUGUCGGAACUAAAAUGUGUCUAGAGAUUUGAGCCUCGUGGACUUUGUAGUUGUCUGGUGAACUAUUUAGUUGUAGGAAACGUUAUGAUUCCGAUCUCCUUGUUGGAGAGAAGUUGAGAAUUAGGAGAAUGGAUGCUUUGGUGAAUUAAUUAAUUAUAAUUAGCCUUGUGGGUAUAAAAUGGGAAACUAUUCCAGUUCACUCA